AUCUCAGAAUCUAAGAAUCUCAGAAUCUCAAAAUCUCAGAAUUUCAGAAUCUCCGAACUAUAUCUUAACGACUUCCCGGAGAACAAGGAUUUGUACCCAAAGUUGAAAAAUGUGAAAGCGGCUACGGUGGAUAUGAACUGUAGUGAUCCCGGGUUUGAAGCAGUCGCGGCGCAGUAUCUAAAGGUAUUCGACGACGUCAUCACCGCCGUCGAGGAGAAGCCAGGAGAUGUUCAGACGGCUUGUGAUCGGCUAGUCGCCGUAGGGAAGAUGCAUCGGCAGAAGGUGUCCGGAAUGAACGUCUCCAUGUUCCAAAACAUGGAAGAACCCUUCAUCCUCAUGGUCAAACACGUCCUCCAGGAUCGCUUCAACGAGAAGGCCGAAAUGCUCUAUAGGAAAUUUUUCCAGUUUUGUCUCAAAUACCUGCUCGAGGGAUUCAAUGGAUAA